CUUUGUCUCUGCCUUCCUCUUCUUCUCCGAACUGGCGCCAACUCAGGGCCGACCGGAUCAGCACUGCGUUUCUUUCUCUCUCUCUCUCUCUCUAACCAAUCAACACAUUCUCUCUCUAACAACGACAGCGCUUAAGCUUAGCUAACAGAUGGGAAUGGAGAUGACGGCGGAAGAGGCAAAUCGAAGCUUCUGCUGCUGAGACCAACACAGUCAAAUCCAAACGCCUCUGCCUCAGCCUCCGUCUUCGUCUCCCCAUGAGAAUUUGAAUUGAAUCAGUCCUUCCCCUUUUCCUUUCCCCUUUUCCUUUCCCCUUCUCCUCUCUCUCUCUCUCUCUCUCUCUCUCUCUCGCUAUCCCCCCAAGUCAGAGGCUUUCUUCUUCUGAUCAAAUCCACAGCCAAUCAUCUCAUCGUCUUCCCCUGUUCAACUUGCCCUCUCUCUCUCUCUCUCUCUCUCUCUCUGUAUAUGGGGAUGCCGAGCAUACUCGUGAAGCUUUACAGCAUCUUCUUCAAGUACAGCCUCAAGCACAAGCUCCAGACCCUAUCCCUCGCUCCGGCCGGUGAUGAUUCCUUUGGUGUCACUUCGCGGCUGGACGAGCCAGUUGCCCUGGCAAAUCCAUCAUUCACCGAUGGAAUCGCCACCAAGGACAUCCACAUCGACCCCUUCUCCGCCCUCUCCCUCCGUCUCUUCCUCCCCGACACCGUCCUCCUCGCAUCCUCCCCCGCCGACGCCCACCCAAUUUCCGACAGGACUUCAUAUGGGGGUUACUCUCCUCCGACGGGUAAGCACCAGAGGCGGCUGCCGCUGGUGAUUCAGUUUCAUGGUGGUGCGUUUGUUGGUGGGAGCAAUGACACGGUUGCAAACGAUACCUUCUGCAAAAGAAUCGCAAAACUAUGUGAUGUGAUCGUGGUUGCAGUCGGAUAUAGGCUUGCACCUGAGCAUAGGUAUCCUGCAGCUUUCGAAGACGGGCUAAAGGCACUGAACUGGCUGGUCAAGCAAGCGAAUUUGGUUGAGUGUAAAAAUUCUAUCGGGAGCGUGAGAACUGUCGGAGGAGGCGAUGUUAAGAGAUCGGGUGGUCAGAAGCGGAUUUUUGAUAGUCUUGGGGUGUCGACUGUCGAGCCUUGGCUGGCUGCUCAUUGGGAUCCUUCCAGGUGUGUCCUCCUCGGUGUUAGCUGUGGAGCAAACAUUGCAGACUAUGUGUCUCAGAAAGCUGUGGAGGCGGGCAGGUUUCAUGAACCCGUCAAAGUGGUGGCACAAGUCCUAAUGUACCCUUUCUUUUUCGGGAGCGUCCCAACAAAUUCUGAGGUUAAACUGGCAAACUCCUACUUGUACGAUAAGUCUAUAUGCAAGAUGGUUUGGAAACUAUUCCUACCUUUGGAAGAACUCAACCUAGACCACCCUGCUGCUAACCCGCUCGUGCCUAGAAAGGUAGCCCUUAAAUGCAUGCCUCCUACACUGACAGUAGUCGCUGAGAAUGAUAUUAUGCGGGACCGGGCCAUUGCUUACUCGGAAGCACUCAGAAGAGUUAACGUCGAUGCCCCGCUUCUCGAUUAUAAAGAUGCAGUUCAUGAGUUUGCUACUUUAGAUUUGCUCCUUCAGACGCCUCAGGCUAAAGCCUGUGCUGAGGAUAUCGCCAUCUGGGUUAAGAAGUACAUCUCACUCAGGGGAAACGAGCUUUCUUACUGAUACUGGAAUAUCAAGCGGGUGCAUCUCAGGAAAUAAAAGAAGAGAGCAAGGUCAAUUUUGGCUCGAAGCUGAAUCUCAGUGUUCGGAGAGUAUUGUUCUUUUGUGGCCAGAGGCAACGAGCUCUCUUACUGAUAUCAGAAUAUCAAGCGGUGCAUCGGAGGAAGGAAGAGAAGAAAAUGAGAUCAGUUUUGGACUUGAAGCUGAAUAUCAGUGUUCGAGAGAGUACUGUUCUUCUGUGGCCAGGUUAUCUAUGUAUAAAGAUAUGUUCAUAGAGGUCAGGCAGUUAGAUUUCGAGAAUUUCCAUUUAUUAUCUCUUUGUUCAUUCAUUUUCCUCUUCCUUCUGUAAAUUACUAGAAAUAUGGAGCCCUAUCCGGUUUUUGUAGUAUACUUUCAUUCUGUUUUAGGGUUUUGAGAUUGAUUUCUGUUCAUAUUCAUCAUCUCCAUAUGAGAUGUCUUGUAUAGGAUGAGCUGAAAUGGAACAAUAUUGUGAUUUUUCCUCUCA